CCCCCGGUCCCCGCCUCGCCGGGCAUCGCGGGCAGCAGCACCCUGACGAGCAGCAGCGGGAGGAGGCCGCAGAGGCGCCGCCGCCAUGCUGAGCGUGUUCCGCUCCAUCCCCACGCAGAUGGACUACAAGGGCCAAAAAUUAGCAGAACAGAUUUUUCAAGGAAUCAUUCUUGUCUCUGCAGUAAUUGGUUUUAUCUAUGGAUACGUCACUGAACAGUUUGGAUGGACUGUCUACAUAGUUAUGGCUGGAUUUGCUUUAUCAUGUUUGCUGACUCUCCCUCCAUGGCCCAUGUACCGCCGCAACCCCCUCAAGUGGCUGCCUGUGCAGGAGUCGGGCACGGAAGACAAGAAGGCAGCAGACAGAAAGCCAAAGAGACACGCUAAAAGCUAAAAAUUGCCGUUCUUCACACUGUUACUUUGUUAAAUUUUGUUAAAUGAAUUUCCACUGGGAGAUAC